CAGGAAAGUAUAUGAUUCCUUACUUUCGGCACUAUCAAAAGUCCCACAAAACGUAGAAAUGCAGCAGUGUUGAUUCCCCAUUUCAAGUUUACCCUAGUAUCCCUGAGAUUCAUCAUAAUAUUGCAACCCUUUUGAAGCCACAAUGGUCCAUGGUCAAGGGCUAGAUAGUCAUCUAGUACUAGUUCAGAGGCGUCUUGGUGACAUGUUAUGCACCUUUAGGGCAGAUCCAUCGUCCUUAUAUUCGAGUUGUGAGUGCUUCUGAGGCGAAGAAGCAGAUCAAACAGAGAGGGAGCUGAGCUAGAAGAAAUGGAAGAACAAGUCGAAAUGGUGGGGAGGGCAUUUGUGGAUCAUUAUUACCUUCUGUUUGACAGUGAUAGAGCUUCCCUGUCUACUCUAUAUCAACCAACCUCUAUGUUGAGCUUUGAGGGCCAAAAGAUUUUUGGGGUUGACGAUAUUUCUGCGAAGCUUAAUCAGUUGCCAUUCGAUCAAUGCAAGCAUCUGAUCAGUACUAUCGAUUCCCAGCCAUCAUCGACAACCGGUGGCAUUGUGGUCUUUGUCAGCGGCAGCCUCCAAUUACCGGGGGAAGAACACCUUCUAAGAUUUAGCCAGAUGUUCCACUUGAUUCCAACUCCACAAGGAAGCUUCUUUGUCCAGAAUGAUAUAUUUCGUCUGAAUUAUGGUUAAAAUUUGUUCAAACUCUACCAUUGAGUUUCUGCAACUGACUGCUGAAAUAUAAUUGUUGUAACUUGCACAAGUGAAGGAAUAAUAAAACUUGCACAAGUGAAGGAAUAAUAAUGUUCUCCAUCUCUUUGU